ACAAGUCACUUCCUUCAGAGGCUAGGCGAGCCUCCUUUUAAGCAUUCGGAGAACACGUUAAAUGGAACAGGCUAGCAAGUGCACGUCAUUACGUCAUUGCGUGAUUGAAAGGUGUGCUUUCGGUGCUGCGCGCAUAGGAUUGUGGGUGAUUUCAGCGCGUGAAGAGCGCGAAGGAUACAAAUAUGCAUCCUUUCCUGUAUAUGGGAUAUUUCUCGAACGAAGGACUCAGUCCUUGGCUGAAAUUUUGAGGAUCCUCGACAUUGGAACAGUCCUUUGACGGACGUCGAUGACGUAGCAUCCUCGAAAUUCUGGCUUCCGAGGAUCCUUCCUUGACAUUGAGAAACGGCUACUGACUUAGGGUACCAGCCCAGUGACAGAAAAGGUACAAUUUGAAACCUUUAUGGUGGCAGAGUCCCAGGCUUUAUGUGGAGGCUCAUGCCUUGUUUAUUGUGGCAUGUGCCUCCGGUGUCUUGUCAUUUGUCCCCGCCCCCUCGUUCUCCUGCUUAUUAGUGAUCAUUGGUUUUCUCCCAUCACCUGUUCCCGCUCGUUAUAUUGUUUGUUUUUUUCUAUUUAAUAUCAUUGUAUCCUUAGUUCUGUGCAGGUUCAUUGUGUCCUGUUCUCGUGUUGCGUGUACGUUUCUAGUCAAGUUUUAGUGUUAUCUGUCAGAGUUAUAUGUUUCAUGUUGUGUACCCCCUUGUGGGUUUUUGUUUUGUCUAAAUAAAGUGUUUUCUGUUUUUUCCCCGACAUUGUUUGCAUCUGGGUUCAUUCGUACUCUAAUCCUCACACAUAUGUAUGACUAGAACUGGUUUGACCCUUUCAAAAAGUACACCUUUGCACCUAAAGAGUUCAUAUUAGUCCCUCAAACACACAUAUCUGUUUACCUAAAUGGUGCAUAUUAGGACCUUUUAAAAGGUCAGAUUUUAAUGGGGGUGGAAUGCAGGCAGAUGGGUUAAACUCCUCUGAGUUAAUUAAUACCCUAAGGUGAAGGUCAGGGUUCCCCAAAUCUUACCCUGGAGGGCCGGAGCACUACAGAGUUUGGGUUUGAGGCAGAGAUAACUGCAUUGUAAGUCAAACACAGCGGAGUACACACGGAUGUUUAUGAAGAAAUUGUUGUUUUAAAUUUUUUUUAUGUUGAUAUAUGUUACGCUGUUUGUAAGAUGCUGCUUUAUAUCCUGCUGUCCGCUUGUGUUGGCACUGUGCACAUGUAUCCUGGUGGAAAAGUCAGCAGUGCUUGUUCAGAUAUGGUACCAGUUCACUCGUCUUCAUCUACUCAGACCAACUCUCCUCCGUACACGAUUACCGCCACGCCGACCAGCUUCAAGGGUGGCGAUGAAAUCACAGUAACACUAAACGGAUCACUAAAUUUUAAAGGCUUCAUGUUACAAGCAUAUAAAGCGGGAACGAACACAUCGAGCGGCAACUUCACCGUGAUAAGCAAUCAAACGCAAGGACUCACCUGCUUCGGAGUGGCUAAUAGUGCAGUUUCUCAAACAUCAAAAAGCGGGAAAACGUCAAUUCAAGUUAAAUGGAAGGCCCCUACAUCUGGACAGCUCAGCAAUGUAGAGUUCCGUGCAACGUUUGUUCAAGCUUACUCAACUUUUUGGGUGGGUGUGAAGAGCUCUGCGAUAACAUACACGGGCACAUCGACACCUCUUACUGCAGCCCCAAACAUAAGCAUUUCUAAACCAACAUUGAAUCUUACUGCAGCCCCAAACAUAAGCAUUUCUAAACCAGCAUCAACACCGGUUACUGCAGCCCCGACCGUAUCUACAUCGAAUUCUGGGUGUGGGGUCAGCAAAGUCUGUUUCAGUCAGCCUGACAACUGCGACCCAACUACCAACACUGACUGUUACUUCAUGUCAGUUCAGUCGUCAUCCAGUCAGUCAGAAAUGCAGGUGCAAAUAGUCGGCCCGGGUAGCGGAUACGUCGCGAUCGGGUUCUCCGAUGACCAAGCAAUGGGCAAUGAUGACAUCUAUAUAUGUGGUAAAGACAACAAUGGCAUUCCCCAAGUGCAACGUGCAUUUUCCACCGGAAGAAGUGCUCCCAAUAUUCUCUCACUGGGGAAUAUCUCUGAUAUCAAGACAUCGAUUACAAAUGGAGUGUUGAAUUGCUCUUUUACGUCUCGUAACGCCAUCAGCACGGCAAGUAGAGCAGCGUCUGGCAGCCAGUACUACCUUAUGAUCGCUUCUGGACCCGCCAGUCAAGGUAGCAUCCAGGAACACACAACAACAUUCGUCAGCCAAACCAAAGCUAAUUUAGUAAAUCCGACAGUGACCGGCAGUGAAGUAUUUCCAGCUAUUGUUAAAGCCCACGGUGCCCUGAUGCUGAUCGCCUGGAUGACCACAGGCAGUGUGGGUAUGCUCAUAGCACGCUAUUUAAAGGCAGUCGGCAAAGGGAGUUGCUGUUGUGGUAAAGAUUUCUGGUUUUUGGCUCACGUGAUGUUGAUGUCCCUGUCGAUUAUUGCCACAAGUAUUGCAUUUAUAAUCAUAUUUUCUUAUGCUCAGGAUUGGUCUGGGGGAGCUCAUCCGGUCCUGGGCUGUUUGGUGAUGAUUCUCACUUUAAUUCAGCCUAUAGUGGCAGCUUUACGUUGUGAUCCGCAACACGAACGGAGAUUCAUCUUCAACUGGGCUCAUUCAUUCAUCGCUCUGGCUAUCAAAGGUCUCGCAGUGGGAGCGAUCUUCACUGGUCUGGCACUUAUUGGAGACACACAGGGGUGGAUGCUGGGGGUUAUGGGAGGUUUCGUGGCAUGGGAGGCUCUGAUGUACAUCUUUCAAGAUUUGCACAUGCGUGCCACUAAAAAAGAUUCUACCAUUUGCUUUUUUGGUAUGAUCAACAUUGGAGUGCUCCUGCUUGUCCUGUAUAUAUUGGGAAACCUGGCCUUCUUAAUAGCACUUCUUGUUGGAAUCGGCAGAGCUUAAGAAAGCCCAACAUGCCACAGAUAACCUCACUGGAUUAAAACAAUGUUUUUGACUUUGGUAACACUUUACUUGAAGGAGUGUGCAUAAGACUGACAUGACACCUUCAUAAUCAUGACAUGAGAUGUUUCAUGAACAUAAAGAAGAUUUUUUUAAUGCACAUUUAUGAUAACUCUUAUUAACUGUCAUUUGUUCAAUUAUGUCAUUUUUAAUGCAAAGAUGACAUUGUUUGAAAUGUCUUUGUUAUGACAACUUGACAUAAAUCCAAACCAAAUAAACCAAUACCAAAUAAUCAUAACUUGUCAUAAAUCUGUCAUAAACAUGACAUAGCAGAAUAAUUAUCAAACGUAAAAAACUACCUAGCUUUAUGGGUUAACAUUACAUUAAACCUGUCAUUUAAAUUCUUAAUUUCUGACACAGAUGAAAAAACUAACAAAAUAUUUAAUUUAAUUAACUGUUUUUGCAGCGAUAUGGACCCAACUGUGCAUGGCUUAACCCAUUAUUGUAGUGUUUUCAUUUCAUUUUAGGUGAAUCGUUCUCCAAAUGCAAUACAAUAUUAUUUUAUCAAUUUUUAUUAUUAUUAUUAUUAUUAUUAUUGGAUGAUUUAUUUCUCUAACACCUGGAAGAAAACUUAAAAAAAAAAACAUUAUGGACUAAAGAAUAUUCAUGACGCUGUUAUAAAACUAUAUGACAGAGUAUUAACACUUAAUGACAUUUUAAUGACCAAUUCAAUUACUGUAUUACUGUAAAAAGUGGUCAGUUGUCAUAACACAGACAUUUCUAACAAUGUCAUCUUUGGAUAAAAAAAUGACAUAAUUGAACAAAUGAGACUUAAUGACUGUUGUCAUAAAUGCGCAUAAAAAAGUCUCCUUCAUGUUCAUGACACGUGUCAUGUCAUAAUUAUAAAGGUGUCAUAUCAGUCUUAUGAACACCCAUUCAAGUAAAGUGUUACCUUGACUUUUUUGUAUUAUUAUGAACGUUAUUAUGAAAACGUUGAUUUCUAUAGACCAGUUAAAUAUUACCCCUUUGCAUGAUGCUUAUGUUUUUUUAUUUUAUUAUUUGUCUGGGUUAAUACCACUUAUUGAUUUUCUGUCAUCAUUGUGCUUUUGGGGAAGGGAAUGAAGUUUGUGUUGUUUUUUGGAUGCCGUCUCUGCAAUGACUGCACUGAACUGAUAGAUGCUCUUUGACAUGAAGUACAAUACUAAACAUUAAGAGAUUGUUAGUCUUCCACAGGAACAGUCAGGAAAUAAGUUCUCCCAUUUGUUUUUUUUAAAAGUUAGCCAUUUUUUUGGUUUAGAGGGCGAGGAUUGUAAUAACAUAUUAAUAGUAAUUGCAUCCAAUAUUUUUAUACAUUUUUAUGCAAAAGUCUACUUAAACAAAAAAGUGUACAUUUAUGUCUAUGCUGCCAAUAUUGUUGUCAAAAGACUUGCAUCAGAAGUCAUUGCUAUAUUAAAGAGUCUUAAUGUGAUGAAAUGUGACAAAACCUAUCACUAGAUGGCAGUAUCAUAAAAUAUAUUUUUGCUGGGUUAUUUUCAACCCAGUGUUGGGUCAACCUUUUUUAAAUUAACCCAGAAAAUGUUUACAUUUGACCCAUCAAUGGGUUAAAUCAACCCAGCAUAUUUUCAAUUCCAACCCAAUUGGUUGGGUUUGUCCAUUUUUACCCAACGCUGAGUUAAAAAUAACCCAGCAUUUUUUUAGAGUGUAUAACAUUUUUACUGUAUUUUUUCAAACUGUGUUUAUGAGGAAUAAUCAAGAACUCUUAAACUGAUGAUUAUUCCUACUGUACAUGCUAUGAACAAAUAAACAAAAAAAUGUGUUUACUUGCUGCGUUAAUAAUUAUGGAAAGUGCUGAAACAUAUGGAUACAAUAUAUGGAUGAUGUUUUUUAAUCCUCCAGAUGUCCUUUAUUGUGUUUCAUAUACAUAAUAAACUCUGUAAAAAAGUGCUGUC